AUGUUGCGAAGCACAGUACGAGCCUCGAUGCGCGCGAGUCAGAGCGGCGCCCAGCUGCUCCGCUCGCCAGCGCCACGCAUGGUCCAGCGCCGCGCGCUCAGCUCCUCUUCGUCCUCGACAAAGGCGACAGCAUCCGCGUCCGCGUCUAGAAACGUGGGCGGCCUGGUCGCUGGUCUCGUCGGUCUGGCACUGCUCGCCUCGGCCGUCCCGAGGGGCGAGGUCCACAAUGAACAGGCGAGGUCGCCGCCGUCCAAGGUCUCUCCCACUGCGGCGUCGGAUCCCGAGGGCAAGCUCAUCUCGAUGGACACUGUGGCGCAGUACAACAAGCUUCCCUCCGAAGGCGGCAAGGGCCUGUGGGUGGUCAUCAAGGGCGAGGUGUACGACGUGACCGAGUUCGUCGACAACCAUCCGGGCGGCCGCAACAUCAUCCUCAAGAACGCCGGCAAGGACGUGACGGAGCUGUACGAGCCUAUUCACCCGCCCACGGCGCUUGAGGAGAACCUCGACGCAUCCAAGCACAUCGGCCAGGUCGACCCAAGCACGGUGCAGAUCAAGCAGGCAGGGGAGGAGUCCGACAAGGACCGCAAGAAGCGCCUCGCGCGCGAGAACCUGCCGAGCUUGGGCAGCGUGCUCAAUCUGGACGACUUUGAGCGCAUCGCCAACACCAUCCUUUCGGAUCAGGCGUGGGCCUACUACUCGUCGGCUGCGGACGACGAGGUGACGUACGCACAGAACCGCGCUGCCUUCCAGCGCAUCGUCUUCCGCCCGCGCAUCCUGCGUGCCAUCGGCGAGGUCGACUGCUCCGUCAGGCUCAUCGACUCCCACGGCAAGGGCUACGACUCGUCGCUGCCCGUCUACAUCUCGCCUGCCGCCAUGGCCAAGCUCGGCCAUCCGGAUGGCGAGCUCAACCUGACGCGCGGCGCUGGAAAAGCACAGAUCAUCCAGGGCAUCUCGGCCAACGCCUCGGUCGGACUCGAUGAGAUGCUCGACAACCGCAAGGAAGGCCAGCCAAUCGUGUACCAGCUCUACGUCAACAAGGACCGCGCGGCUUCGGAGCGCAUCCUCAAAAAGGUCGAGGACAAGGGAUGCUCGGCCGUCAUGCUCACCGUCGAUGCGCCUGUCAUGGGCAAGCGCGAGCGCGACAUGCGCGUCAAGGGCGACGAGGUCGAGAUGGGCGUCGACCACGGCAAGGACGUCAAGGCCAAGGGCGGCGGAGUCGCACAGGCCAUCUCGGGCUACAUCGAGCCCAACCUUACCUGGGACGACAUCAAGUGGUUCCGCAAGACCUGCAAGCUUCCGCUCUACCUCAAGGGCAUCCAGACCGUCGAGGACAUUGAGCUCGCCGUCAAGCAUGGCGUCGAAGGUGUCGUCAUCUCCAACCACGGCGGUCGCAGUCUCGAGUACGCACCGGCGCCCAUCGACGUGCUCGUCGAGCUCCGCCAGCGCCGCCCGGACCUGUUUGACAAGAUCGAGGUGUUCCUGGACGGCGGUGUGCGUCGCGGCACCGACGUGCUCAAGGCGGUGGCGCUCGGUGCCAAGGCGGUGGGUCUCGGCAGGCCCUUCCUGUAUGCGCAGUCGGGCUACGGCGAGGCGGGCGUGACGCGCGCCAUUCAGAUCCUCGAGGACGAGAUCCACCGGGGAAUGCGCCUUCUCGGCGUCAGCUCGCUCGACCAGCUCACGCCCGAGAUGAUCGACAUUCUGCCGCGCCAGUUCUACAACAUUCCUCCCAAGAACACCGAUCAGGCUUCUGCAUGA